CUGACUUGUUCCGGGAAAGGGAAGAGUCGGCGUUUAUAUAUUGGAAGGUAUGAAAGCUUAGAACAGGAAAACACAAUCUGGCUGAGGUCCGACAGUUGCUCAACCGGUGCGAGGCUGACGGCAGGAAGGAAGACGAAAAUGCACAAAUGACUGGAGCUCGUCCCAAGCCUGGUCAAAUAAUGAUUAAAGAAAUCGUCAUUGUGCGCCAUCCCGUCUCAGUGUGCGUACCCGUGAACCAUAAGGUGACCCUGCGAGUCAGAGCUGAGGGCAAAAGCAUCCUCCACUACCAGUGGUUCACUGAAGAUGAGAGAGAAGUGCCUGGUGGUACUCAAGCUGACCUGACGUUUACAGCUGUAAAAACUCAGCUCUUUGUCUGCCGAGUGAAUGACCCCUUUAACAACUGUGUGUUCAGUGAGUGGGUGAAAGUAAAGGUCCUGGACAUUAAUAAAUCAGGCCUGCCUGUAGACUGGCAGGGUGAGCCGCACAUCGCCAUCAACCCUAAACCGCAGACCGUCCGACUGGGUGCUAAACUCACGCUCCGCUGCGCCGCCUUUGGCAUCCCCGCUCCACACUACCAAUGGUACAAAAAUGGACACCCUCUGCAGAACAAGACGAGUGACGCCCUGCAGAUUGACGGUGUAACAGCGGAACAUAAAGGGUCCUAUCUGUGCUCUAUAUCUAAUGUGCUAGAGGAGAGAUGGACAGAGCCAGUGGAUGUUGACAUUGUGCAACCAGACCAGGUUUCUCCUCCAGCACUCACAGCUUCAGAUAAAGUUGCUCUUUUAAUUGGCAACCUGAAUUACUCCAACUACCCGAGUUUGAUGGCACCAGUGAUGGACGUCCACGAGCUGUCCAACCUGCUGCAGCAGCUUGGAUUUAGAGUCGUUUCCUUGUUGGAUCUCACCAAAGAAGAAAUGCUGGCUGCUAUAGACAAGUUCAUUCAGCUCCUGGACAGAGGAGUCUAUGGCCUUUUCUACUAUGCGGGUCACGGGUAUGAGCACGCUGGAAGGAAUUACUUGAUCUCUGUUGAUGCUCCUCAGUCGUACCAAACCAAGAAUUGCAUCUGUGUGCAGAGGGUUAUGCACAGAAUGCAGGAAAGGCAAACAGCAUUGAGCGUAAUCCUCCUGGAUACCUGCAGAAAAUGGUACAACCAGGACUGCAUACCGUCUGUCAUUAUGCCACUGGGACCAAAUGGGAACACCGUGUAUGGUUAUGCCACAUGCGAAGAUGCCGAGGCGUACGAGGUCCAAGACGGGGGAAAGAGUACUGGAAUCUUCACAAAGUACCUGAACAGGCACAUACUGCAGUCUGACAAAGUCACGCAUGUCUUAGAAAAGGUUUCCGAGGAUCUUGGUCGAGACCCUCUCGUCAAAGGCAAGCAGGCAGUGGAAAUAAAACACACCAUGAAGGAAGCUCGAUCCCUCACAGAUAAAGUUCGAACCACUGGCCACACAAGGGAGCUACAUCUACGUGAUAUCUGCUGGAGACAAGCCAACGAGCUGCCCCGGAGAAAGCUGCUGAGGUUUCUCUGUGGAGUUGAAGUGGAACUUAGCUUUUCAGCCUUGUUCUCUAAUGUCUUGGUAGCCUUUGCAAACAUAAAAACCGUGGGUGAUCAUACCCAAGACUGCACCGUCGUGCUGAGCAGCAUACCUCCAAUAGAAGACAUAUUUUCAAGGUCUGCCCAAUCAGAAGAGAUGGACUCACUACUGUUAAAUAACUCAAAUAGCCCAGACUGCAGACUGAGACUUUGCUCUCUUCAGAAGCUCAAAGUGUCAUUGGCCAUCAAAGUGGAUCUGCAUUAUACUCACACAAAGAGCAAUCUGCGCCAAACUGAAAGCCAACAGAUUGACAUAGGAAAGCCUCUGGUUGCAUCCUGCAAACUUUACAGGGAGAUUCAUGCAGAAACGAGCAAAACGCAAGAGGGAACUUCUGCUCAAAGCAUGAGGAACAUUUCCAACAGCACAUCACAACAGCAUCAGACUCUGGCUCGUCCGUGCCACACUAGAAAGGCAGUUUGUGCUGCUAAAGCUGCAUCUGUACGGAGCAACGAACCUGAAGAGAACGAUGAGAAUGAACUCUAAGAUUUCUGUUGUCCACUUAAAAUGCUGUUGAUCCAGAAUCCUGUUUUUGUAAUUGAUGAUGGGUGAGAUAUUUAUAUUUUCUUUACAUUGCUUUUCACAUCUUAGAUUAACUGUAAACAUAUCUGCAAGAAUACUUUUAAAACAGUACUGUUUAUGACACUUAUUUUACUCCAGAGGCAAGCUGGCUGGCCUAUCGAGGACUUUACUUUCUAUAAUUUAUCAAAUAAAAAUCGUUCAUCACCACACUUCUAUUAAAUGUAUAUGCUUGGAAUUACCUUUCAACUCACUUUUAAAUUGUCUUUAUAAAGAAAUGUAAGUUUGUUAAUUAAUCAACUGGUUUUUCACAACGGUGCUGUAUUUAAUUUUAUAACUGCUUGAAAAUAAAGUAUGAUUUAGUAUCUUCA